UUGCGCCAUGGAAGGAGCGAGCAUGCACUCGCGUGUCCUCGCGAUGAUUCCCGAUACGGCGCAGCAGAUGCUCCUCAGCUGGGGCUUGCUCCAUGAUUCCUCAGAUUUCACUAAAUUGCAAUAUUUGCAAGAAUGGACAGAAAUGCACUCACCUUGCUUCUGGAUGGGCGCUUUUGCACUAAUACAUCUAAUAUUCAUCAUGAGUAUCUUGGUUCAAUUUCUGUACAAGAGAAUCAGGUGGUCCAGGCAGAGAUUCAAGACAACUGUUGAAAACAAGCAUUCAUAUGAGGAACAAAAGAACACAGACAUAAAGCUGGGUAUAAUAUAUCAAGCAAGCAAAGUUUGUUGCUUGCUUAGCUUAGCAAGUCAUACUGUGAAGAUAUUAUUUUGGUGGUUGCAGGGAAGCAUAUGUGACUGCAAGUAUCCAACAUUUGUUCUAGGUGAAAGUGUGCAGAUGCUAUCCUGGAUAAUAUUAUCAUCAGCAGCGUUCAGUUUUCAGAAGACAAAAUCUGCAAAGCUUCCACUGAUAAUUCGAAUAUGGUGGAUAUUUUUCUUUCUGCAAUCAAUUACCAGUGUGGUAUUUGAUCUCAGGUCUAUUUUUCUCAAUCAUGAAUACAUAGGACCUAAGAAAUGGAUUAACCUGUUCAUGCUUGUUAUCUGCACUCUUCUAUUUGGGAUUUCUGCCAGAGGAAAAACAGGAGUCACCCUCGUAGAUAACAGCAUAACAGAGCCGCUAUUGAGUCCAUCUCUAGGACAGCUGACAGAAACCAAAAGGGCAUGUCCAUAUGGAAAAGCAAAUAUUCUACAACUUGUCACAUUCUCCUGGAUGAACCCUGUGUUUGCUAUUGGAUACAAGAAACCUCUAGAUAAGAAUGAUGUGCCAGAUGUUUGUGGGAAGGACUCCGCUGAGUUCCUUUCUGAUUCAUUCAAAACAAUCAUCAAUGAUGUUGAACACAAGCAUGGUUUAAAUACUGAAUCAAUCUACACAGCAAUGUUCCUAUUUAUUAGAAGAAAAGCUGUAAUGAACGCAGGAUUUGCAGUCUUAAGUGCAAGUGCAUCCUAUGUUGGACCAUCACUGAUCAAUGACUUGGUAAGGUUCCUAGGGGGAGAGAGGCAAUAUGGACUCAAAAGAGGUUACCUUCUGGCUGUUGCUUUUCUCAGUGCCAAAGUUGUGGAAACAAUUGCUCAGAGGCAGUGGAUUUUCGGAGCUCGACAGCUUGGGAUGAGGCUGCGGGCUGCUUUGAUAUCACAUAUCUAUCAAAAGGGACUCCGCUUAUCCUGCAGUUCAAGGCAGAAGCAUACAAGUGGAGAGAUCAUUAACUACAUGAGCGUUGAUGUACAAAGGAUAACUGAUGUUAUAUGGUACACAAACUACAUUUGGAUGUUACCCAUACAACUCUUUCUUGCUGUCUAUGUCCUCCACCAAAACCUAGGGGUUGGAGCCUGGGCUGGUUUGGCAGCAACACUGGCAAUAAUGGCUUGCAAUAUUCCACUGACCAGAAUGCAGAAAAGGUUGCAAGCCAAGAUCAUGGGUGCCAAAGAUGGUAGAAUGAAGUCAACAACAGAAGUUCUUAGAAGCAUGAAGAUACUCAAACUUCAAGCAUGGGAUAUGCAAUACCUUAAGAAGCUAGAAGCUUUGCGAAAUGAGGAGUACAAUUGGCUAUGGAGAUCUGUGAGGUUAUCUGCUCUAACAACGUUCAUAUUUUGGGGGUCACCUGCUUUCAUAUCCUCCAUAACAUUCGGUGCAUGCAUAUUGAUGGGGAUACCUUUGACUGCUGGUACUGUUUUGUCUGCUCUUGCAACAUUCCGGAUGCUACAAGAUCCAAUCUUCACGCUUCCCGACUUGCUGUCAGUGUUUGCUCAAGGAAAAGUUUCAGCUGAUAGGGUGGCCAAAUACCUCCAGGAGGAAGAAUUGAAAUAUGAUGCAGUUAUUGAAGUACCCAGGAACGACACAGAGUAUGAUGUUGAGAUUGAUCAUGGAAUAUUCAGCUGGGAACUUGAGACAACAUCUCCAACUCUGAAAGACGUAGAACUAAAAGUGAAAAGAGGGAUGAAAGUAGCAAUUUGUGGAAUGGUUGGAUCUGGAAAAUCAAGUCUUUUAUCAUGCAUACUUGGGGAGAUGCCAAAGCUAGCUGGGACUGUGAAGGUCAGUGGGACCAAAGCAUAUGUUCCUCAAAGCGCCUGGAUCCUGUCUGGGAACAUCAGGGACAAUAUUCUGUUUGGAAAUCCAUAUGACAAGGAAAAGUAUGACAAGAUAAUACAAGCAUGUGCACUAACUAAAGAUCUUGAAUUGUUUGCAAAUGGUGAUUUAACAGAGAUCGGUGAAAGAGGAAUUAACAUGAGCGGUGGACAGAAGCAACGCAUUCAGAUUGCAAGGUCAGUAUAUGAAGACGCAGACAUAUACCUAUUUGAUGAUCCUUUCAGUGCAGUGGAUGCUCAUACUGGAAGCCAACUUUUCAAGGAUUGCCUGAUGGGAAUUCUUAAAGACAAAACAAUACUGUAUGUGACCCACCAAGUCGAAUUUCUUCCAACAGCUGAUCUUAUACUGGUGAUGCAGGAUGGGAACAUUGUUCAGAAAGGGAGAUUUGAUGAGCUUCUUCAACAGAACAUAGGAUUUGAAGCCAUAGUGGGAGCUCACAGCCAGGCUCUUGAGUCUGUCAUAAAUGCCGAGAGUUCUAGCAGAUUGACAUCCACUGAGAACAGUAAACCAGCAGAUACAGAUGAUGAGUUUGAGGCAGAAAAUGAAACAGACGAUCAAAUUCAGGGUAUAACAAAGCAAGAGUCUGCACAUGAUGUAUCACAAGACAUCAAUGAGAAAGGGAGGUUAACACAAGAUGAAGAGCGGGAGAAGGGAGGUAUCGGCAAGAAGGUUUAUUGGGCAUACCUGAGGACAGUUUAUGGAGGUGCCUUAGUGCCAGUCACAAUUGCAGCACAGUCCUUCUUCCAAAUAUUUCAGGUAGCAAGCAAUUAUUGGAUGGCAUGGGCAUCUCCUGCAACAUCAGCAACCAAGCCAACGGUCGGAUUAGGCCUUAUGUUUGCUGUAUACAUAACAUUGUCAAUUGGAAGUGCCUUGUGUGUCUUCGCUCGGUCCAUGCUUGUUUCACUAAUUGGGCUACUAACAUCAGAAAAGUUCUUCAAAAACAUGCUCCAAUGCAUCAUGCGAGCCCCGAUGUCCUUCUUUGACUCCACGCCUACUGGAAGAAUUCUGAACAGGGCCUCUAAUGACCAAAGUGUUCUAGAUCUGGAAAUAGCGAACAAGCUUGGCUGGUGUGUAUUUUCAGUCAUACAGAUUCUAGGGACCAUUGGUGUUAUGUCCCAGGUUGCCUGGCCAGUUUUUGCCAUCUUUGUACCAGUAACAGUGGUCUGCUUUAUGUGUCAGCGAUAUUACAUACCAACAGCAAGAGAAUUGGCUCGUUUAUCACAAAUCCAAAGAGCUCCCAUCCUACACCAUUUUGCAGAAUCACUUUCAGGAGCAUCAAGUAUAAGAGCAUAUGGACAGAAAGACCGUUUUAGAAAAUCGAACCUUGGACUUGUCAACAACCAUUCCCGACCAUGGUUCCAUAACAUUUCUUCAAUGGAGUGGCUUUCUUUCAGGCUAAACAUGCUAUCCAACUUUGUCUUUGCCUUCUCUUUGACCCUGCUAGUGAGCCUUCCUGAAGGUUUUAUAAAUCCAAGCAUUGCUGGACUUGCCGUUACCUAUGCAUUAAACCUCAACUCACAGUUGGCGUCUAUAAUUUGGAAUAUCUGCAACACAGAGAACAAAAUGAUAUCAGUAGAAAGAAUUUUGCAAUACUCAAGGAUCCCUAGCGAGGCUCCUCUAGUAGUUGAUUAUCGCCGUCCACCAAACAACUGGCCACUUGAUGGAACUAUCAAUAUAAGAUGCUUGGAGGUUCGAUACGCAGAGCAUCUCCCAUCUGUUCUUAGAAACAUAUCAUGUACAAUUCCAGGAAGGAAGAAGGUGGGGAUUGUAGGACGGACUGGAAGCGGAAAGUCAACUCUGAUUCAAGCACUUUUUCGGAUUGUUGAACCAAGGGAGGGAGCAAUUGAGAUAGACAAUAUUGACAUUUGCAGAAUAGGGCUACAUGAUCUACGAGGCAAACUUAGCAUCAUUCCACAAGAUCCAACAAUGUUUGAAGGCACAGUGCGAGGGAACCUGGAUCCACUGAACGAGUACUCUGAUCAACGUAUAUGGGAGAUAUUGGACAAAUGCCAGCUUGGUGAUAUAGUUCGGCAGAGCCCAAAGAAGCUGGACUCAACAGUUGUCGAAAAUGGGGAAAAUUGGAGUGUUGGGCAAAGACAGUUGUUUUGCCUCGGGAGGGUUCUACUAAAACGAAGUAAUGUUCUUGUCCUUGACGAGGCAACUGCUUCGGUGGACUCCUCCACAGAUGCAAUUAUCCAAGAGACGAUCCGCGAUGAAUUUAGGGAUUGCACAGUGUUGACAAUAGCACAUAGGAUUCACACGGUUAUUGACAGUGAUCUCAUCCUUGUCUUCAGUGAAGGAAGAAUCAUAGAGUAUGACACGCCAUCAAAAUUACUGGAGAACGAGAACUCCGAAUUCUCCAGGCUCAUAAAGGAGUACUCACGGAGAUCAAAGGGCUUUUAGCAGUGCAGCACACCACAAUCCAAAAGCUACGAGAACAACAUGAUUCCAACUAGGCGCACUGCAAGAAACACACUGGGUAGAAAGGCCGCACUUCACACGCUCUCCCUCUCUCCCCCCUAAUGACAAAGUACGCACAAAAGUAACAAAAACCGACAGGAUUAUCGACAAACUAAGGGGCCUACGGUUGAUGGAGCUAGCUCUUAGGUUCAGGAUGAUCCCCGAGAAAAAAAGAACAUUUUUAUGUAGAGUAAUGUUAAGUGUGAGCUCAUGCUGAAGCUGGGGAAAGUCUUCCUCAACUCAUGCAAUGCAGUGAAGCUACUCGGAGCCCGAAUGUAAUUUCUUGAAGAAGUAAUAAAGAUAAUAGAUUGAGGCCAGAUUUUCAGCGA